UAGGAAAAUGAGGGAUUUCUUAGAAGGGGGGAUGUUCAUCAUACGUUUCAUUCUCAGUAUCCGAAACUAAUUGAAAUUACGCCUCUCUCUGUCUCUCUUUUAUCGCUCGAUCACAAAACCCUAAUAUUCUUAUCUCAACAACACUCAAACCCCAUCUUCCGGUAAAUAUAUUAUUGUGGAGCUUGUUUUAUUCUCUUCCGAGGACGCAUUGUUUGGAUUGCGAAUAUAAUACUGGGCGGUUAUUAAACGGUUACGUUUUUGGUAGAGUUGGGUAACAAUCAAUCAUUCAUUAGCAGCUUAGGGUUGUUUCUAUUCGAUUUAUGUCUCUCUCUACAAAUUUCCCUAUAUUUUGCUGAGAAAAUAUUUCGUUGUUCAAACCCUAAGUCCUGAAACUUACAUACAACUUGUUUAUAAACUUAUAAGUCUGCGUAUAAUAGCCUACACUCAUAAACUUUCUUUUUUUUAGGGUUUUUCUUUUUUCUUCAUUGUUCUAGGUUUUUUUUUUUUUUUCUAAUUUUGCCGGUUUGUGGAUGUGAAUCAACUUUAAGGAAUAUUUGGUAUUCUUUCAUUGUUGGCAUUCAUUGAUUGUUGUUUUCAUCUAAGGUAUUGGUGUUUUCUAAGAGAUGAGGGUCUAUUGAGUGUGGUGGUGGUGGUGGUGCUGUCUGCAAAUCCAUCUUUAAUUGAAGAUGGAGGCGUAGAGACUAGAGAGUAUUUUGGUUAAAUUUCGUUAACUCAUGCCACUAUAUGUUGCCACCGUCUUUGUUUUGCGUACACUGGUUACAGGCUUGUGUCAGAAUUUGCUUCUGUUAGUUUUUUUAAUUGAAUAAAAUCCCAUUGACUAAUAUUGUACCUGCUAGUGGAUUUAGAGCAUUUUCUGGUUAACUGGUGACUGACUUGAUUGGUUGCUUGGUCAAUUGUUGGUGGUUGUGAAGCAUAAGUCUGUGUUUUAGGAGGAAAGAAGGAUAGAAUUAGGGUUAGAAGGUAGUAACUUUGUAGGGAAUGAUAAUUAUUCUGUUGGGAAGGGGUGGUGAAGAAGGUGAGAGAAGUGUAUCUCUUGUUUUAUCUGAUGAUGUUCAGUGCUUCUAAUGGAAAGAAGUGAACCUACACUAGUUCCAGAAUGGUUGAGAAGUACUGGAAGUGUUACUGGUGGUGGCAGUUCAGUCCACCACUCUGUGCCAUCAUCUCCUCACUCAGAUGGAACUUCAUCUGUAUAUCACACAAGAAGUAGAAAUACUAAGAGCAUAAGUGAUCUUGAUAGCCCUCGUUCUGCCUUUUUGGACCGGACUUCUUCGUCAAAUUCACGGAGGAGUUCUAGUAAUGGUUCUCCUAAGCAUGCAUAUAGUAGUUUUAAUAGAAGUUACCGUGAUAAGGAUCGUGAGAGAGAUAAAGAAAGGCUGAGCUAUGGGGAUCUGUGGGACCGUGAUUCUUCUGAUCCUUUAGGCAACAUCUUAAGCAAUCGGAUUGAAAAGGACACCUUGCGGCGCUCUAAUUCAAUGGUUUCCAGGAAACAUAGUGAGAUUUUUCCCAAAAGGAUUGUGCUGGACUCAAAAUGCAGCAGUAAUAGUAGUCAUAGCAAUGGAAAUGGUGUGCUGUCUGCGGGUAGUACUGGCACUAGCAUCAAGAAGUCUGUAUUUGAGAAAGAUUUUCCCUCACUCGGAACUGAAGAGCGAGGAGGUCCUGAUAUAGGAAGGGUCUCAUCUCCUGGUUUGAGCUCAGCUGUUCAGAGCUUGCCUGUUGGUAGUACAACUUUAAUUGGUGGAGAGGGGUGGACCUCUGCUCUGGCUGAGGUGCCCUCCAUAAUUGGAAGCAGCAGUUCAGGAUCUUUCUCCACUCAAACUGGUUUAGCCUCUUCCUUGUCUGGGCAGCCCAGCGCUAUGGCUGGUCUUAACAUGGCUGAAGCAUUGGCACAACCUCCAGUACGGGGGCGUACUGCACCUCAGUUAUCUGUCAAGACACAAAGAUUUGAGGAACUGGAAAUUAAGAAGUCUAGGCAACUAAUACCUGUGACACCUUCAAUGCCCAAGGGUUCGGUUCACAGUUUCUCUGACAAAUCAAAACCAAAAACUGCUGUUAGAGCUGUUGAGAUGAACAUGGUUACAAAGAAUGGGCAGCUGGCAGCUUCUUCAUUGCUCCAGGCUAGUCAGUCUCUCCAUGGUGGAAAUGUGAAGUCUGAUGUGUCCAAGUCCUCUCAUGGGAAGCUCUAUGUUCUCAAACCUGCAUGGGAAAAUGGUGUUUCCAAUCCUCCCAAGGAUGUUGCUAGUCCCACAAAUAAUGCCAACAGUCGAGCUUCCAGUAACCAGCUUACUGUUGCUCCUUUAGUGGCGUCAGCUCCUUCAAAGGCGCCAAACAAUCUCAAGCUUUCCUCUGGGGAGCGCAAGGCCUCUACCUCGAAUCCAAUAUUGGUAUUUCCUGUGGAAAGGAGACCCUCCUUGUCACAAACUCAGAGCAGACAUGAUUUCUUUAAUCUCUUAAAGAAGAAAACCUCAGUGAACAGUUAUACUCUCCCUGGGGAUUCAGGCUCUGAUAUCUCAUCUAUCACUGUGGAGAAAUCUGGAGAAGUACUGAAGGAAGUAGUCGGUGUUCCUGUCAGUCAUGCAACUGACAAUGGUGUUGAGGUGAGUGUCAAUGGUGAUACCUGUGAAGAGGUUCAGAUAUUUUCAAACAUGGGAGAGAAGAGUGUGGGCCACUAUCCAACAGUGGAUCCAGAUGAGGAAGCUGCCUUCCUUCGUUCCCUUGGUUGGGAGGAAAACUCUGGGGAGGAUGAAGGCCUUACCGAGGAGGAGAUUAAUGCCUUCCUUCAGGAGUACAAGAAAAGAGGCAGGCAGUUGAAGCUGCCCGAAUUUCAUGCAUUCGGUGAUGGUGGUGCUUCUUCUGAAUUGAGCUCAUCUGACUCUGUAUCUGAGUCCUGAUUAACUAGUUUCCCCACAUAAUAUAUUCAAGAAGGUCCAUUUUUUGAUGGCAGAUGGGUAGUUUCUUCUUUUUCCUAUUUUUAUUUCUCUUUUGUUUGAAGAAAAGCCUAGGAGUUGGGUAGAAAGAAAGGGUGGGUCAUGGGUGGAACUGCAUUUUGCAAUAGUGCAAUAAGUUUCAGGUGGCGCAAUCCUGCCUACCUAAACUGGGGAAUUUUUUAGGCUUCAGGGAUGUGUUUGGAGAGGGUGGACAGGUGCUGUUUUGUCUUCAGUGGAAGAUGCUUGGAGAGUUGCAUCUUGUGGUGUUUUUGGUCAAUUAACGGAAAAAGGGAAAUCAAAGAAGUUUCAUUUUUAGUUUAGUUGGCACUAAUUGCACAUGAA